AACAGUACUAGUUUAGUCACUUUCAUAUCUCCUCAAAUAUAUCAAUACUAUUUAUAUUUAUUUUGUGUCCUUAAUUCAAUAUAUUCUGUCUUCUUCAUAUUAUAAAUCCAUCCCCACAACUCAAACCACCCUACCUAGCCAUACUAAUAAUAAUAAUAAUAAUAAUCUCUCGACUUUUCUUUAAUUUCUUGUAAAUUUUCUUGCGUAUAAUUUGAAAUGGCAGGUAGCGAUAAUAGUAUAGCCGAGUUUUUCGAGGAAACUCACGAGUUUUGUGGUGAUGCUGCAAAUAGUAUACCUGAUGAUAUAUUCAGUAUUCUUGAAGCUCUGGAAUCUGCUUCUGAUUGUAUUCAUCUUAAUAACAAUCAGACAACCCUAAAUGACGACGACGACGAUGAUGCUGCUUUCGAGUUCCACAAAUCAUCAUUAAUUCGAGCUUUUCAGCCCGAUUCUCCACACUCCAACAAGAGACAAAAGCUGAACAUGAAUAAUGCUUCUGCUUCUGCUUCUGCUUCUGCUUCUGAACAACCAAGAAUCACUCACAUUACUGUUGAGAGAAACCGAAGAAAACAAAUGAACGAGCAUCUCUCCGUGCUUCGUUCUCUCAUGCCUUGCUUCUAUGUCAAAAGAGGCGACCAAGCAUCGAUAAUCGGGGGAGUAAUCAACUACAUCAACGAGUUGCAACAAGUUCUUCAAUCACUCGAAGCCAAAAAGCAAAGAAAAUCCUUCUCCGAUAUUUUAACUAGCCCUCGGCCAAUGUCAAGCCCGCGAAAGCCGCCACUGAGCCCGAGAGUGGGCCCGCCAAUAAGCCCGCGUACGCCACAAUCAAGCAGCCCCUACAAGCCUAUGAUGCUGCAGAUUAACAAUCUGCACCAAACUACGGGCUUUAACCUAAACUCACCGUCGUCUCUCCCAAGCCCGGUGGAGACCAUGCUUUCUCCUUGUAAUUCUUCCACUACUAAUUCCUCCAUUAAUGACAGCAUUAACGAGCUUGUAGCGAGCUCGAAAUCAGCUGCAGCUGAAGUUGAGGUGAAAUUCUGCGGCCCGAAUCUACUGCUCAAGACCGUGUCGAAUCGGAUUCGGCCCGGUCAACUUGUCAAGAUUGUUUCUGCCUUGGAGCAACUUGCACUCGAAAUUCUUCAAGUCAAUAUCAACCGGGUUGACGAAAGAAUGCUUAAUUCUUUCACCAUUAAGAUUGGGAUUGAAUGCCAACUUAGUGCAGAAGAAUUGGCUGAGCAGAUUCAGCAGACAUUCUGCUAAUUAAUUAAUUACAGCUAGCUGAUAAUUCUAAUUACCAAACCCUAGCUUAGCUAACUACCUCAGUUACGUUGUUGUCUUUCAUUCUAAUUUUGUGCUUAAUAAAGCAAGUGUGGAAAAAGCAAUUAAUAACCACCAUUGCCGGUAAUUAGUUGUUAUCGUCUUAACAUGUAAUGUAAUGAUGUACUGUGUAGUUAAAUGUAAUUAGUAUUAGUCACAUAAUUAGCUUGUAUUAAUUUAAAGUGACUUUUCUGUUAUGAACCUAAUUACAUUCAGCAUUAAUCAAUCCCUUUUC